CGGCUGUUAUCAAAACAGACCAGAGAAGAAGUGCGACUUUUUCCACUUAGGAGCGAAUCGCUUCUGUUCCCCGUUUGAGUUUGUUUUUAUAUGUAUAAAUACUUUCUUCAUUUCUAAAAUUUCAGCAUUUUUUCCUCAAGAUGGUGAAAGUUUCGUUUAACAGCGCUCUGGCGCAAAAGGAGGUGAAAAAAGACGACGAGAGUCUGAUUCCGGAGGAGGAAGUCGAAGUGGACGUAGAGACAGCUGUGCUGGUGCGUCGCCAGUCCCGGGCCUGGUGCUGGUGCGUGUGUUUGGGCGUGGCCCUCAUGCUGUCUGGAGUGCUGAUUGCAGGAGCUUACCUGUUCCGCUACUACACAGGACCGACAGACGCCAUCAGCCAUAUGGGGGAGCCGGUGUUCUUCUGUGGAGUCAACUACAUUGAAGACGACUAUAUGAUAAGAGAUGAAGAGGUGGAUGUUCCCAGCAGCCUGCGGGAGCUGGAGAUGACCAUCCGCAUCCUGGAGGAGGAGCAGGUGGAGAUCAUCAGCGUUCCCGUUCCUAACUUUGAAGACGGGGACCCAGCAGACAUCGUCCACGACUUCGACAGGAGGAUGACGGCGUACCUGGACCUCAGCCUGGACAAGUGCUAUGUCAUCCCCCUCAACACCUCCGCUGUCAUGCCCCCCAGAGACCUCCUGGACCUGCUCAUCAAUGUCAAGGCUGGAACCUACCUGCCCCAGUCAUACCUGGUCCACGAGGAGAUGGUGGUGACCGAGCGUCUGGAGCGCGUCGACCAGCUCGGCUACUUCAUCUACAACCUCUGCCGCAACAAGGAGACCUACAAGCUGCAGCGCAGAGACAGGAUUCUGGGUAUGCAGAAGCGCGAAGUGCAGAACUGCCGCAAGAUCCGUCACUUCGAGAACAAUUUUGUGGUGGAGACUCAGAUCUGCGAGCUGUGAGCCGCUUCGCCACAGCCCCAGAAGUCACCCGGCUGCAGUGGCGGGGCGUUCUGGACGCUCACCGUGUCCUUUUCUUUGCUUCAGGUAGUUUGAGAGAAUGAGGGGAAGGAAAAUGUGAAACUGUGGUAAAUGUUGGAUUGUUUUUAGGGAAAAAAAGGCGACGCUGGUGUUUUUUCCUCUCGGCACAGUCUGGGGAAUCUACCCCGAAGGUAAACCUGCUUAAAUCCAGCUCAGGAUAGUCAUUAUUGUAAUCAAAGGCAAACGUGAAGCGUUUUUAAGUUUUGAUGAACCACUGAUCCUGGGUGUCCAGAGACACUUUACUUUCCUCUAUUUUAUCUGCUGUAGUCAUUAUCCUACUCUUCAGUUCUUGAUCUUAACUGAUUGGUUAAGAGUUUCCUCUGCCUUGAAUUCAAAAUAAUGUAAAAGAAAAUGCAAACACAACCUUAGCUUGGCUUUUUUCACAGCCUCUGUUUUAAAUUUGUCAUUUUGUUGGGAAUUCUUUACCCGUUUUACUAAUUUGUGUACAAAGAAACAAACAAUAAACAAAUAUAAAAACUAUGAA